AUACUGGGAUUUUAUAAGGGCAUAACGGCGUCGUAUAUGGGCAUUUCGGAAACGAUAGUACAUUUCGUUAUUUACGAAGCUGUAAAAGCCAGAUUGGUCGAAUAUCGCCUGAACAACCCUCAAAAAUAUAAAGAGACAAAAAGUUGGAGAGACUUUGUAGAGUUUAUGAUAGCCGGUGGUAUGUCGAAAACGAUAGCAUCUUGUAUUGCGUAUCCGCACGAAGUGGCGCGAACUAGACUUCGGGAAGAGGGUAACCGAUAUACCGGCUUUUGGCAGACGUUGGGGUUGGUAGCUAAAGAGGAAGGAAUUCGGGGAGUCUAUAGAGGCUUAGGAAUUCAACUUCUUCGUCAAAUACCGAACACGGCCAUUAUGAUGGCCACAUACGAAGCAGUCGUUUAUAUUUUAUCUAUUAAAUUUAACAGCGAAUAUUACGAUAAACAUACAUAAGAAUAUGGCCAUUCAAUGUUUUCUUUUUUUGUUGUUGUAAAGCUCGUGCUUCAACCAAAGAACGACUUUUAUACUGAAUGAUACGACGAAAGGUGUCAGAAAGAAAGUAGCAGGCUAUGCGAAAGGGGAUUUAUAUAGAUAAAUAAAUAAGACUGUAACGUCUGAGUAUAACUUAAAAAAAAAAGAUAAUCCUUACGUGUAUUUCCUAUUUCGAAUUGUUAUUAGAGUUAUAUUAUGGGAUAUAUUUAAAUGUUGCUUUCUUUUUUAUUUUGAUAUUGUCAAACUUGUUUCGUAAUUGUAAACAAAUUGCAGUGUAACACUUGAUAACAACUGAAUAUGAAUAUUGUUAAAUUCAACUGUUCAUUGUGCUGUUAUGAUCACGGAGUAAAUUAAGUAAUUGUUUCAUUUGUUUCACAGUUAUAAAUAAAAUGCAGUACGAACUGCAUAAGAUUAUAUUUUCGGUUCAGCUACUUUUUGACGUACAUAACUUUUAAAUAGAAAGAAAAAUAUGGCAAGUUACUUACGCUUAAAUAAUAAAUAUUUUAGCACCACAAUAUCAAUUUUUCCCGCUUUAGUAU